CUGGGGGCGGAGCCUCUGGGGCCUCUGGGGGCGGAGCCUCUGGGGCCUCUUGGGGCGGAGCCUCUGGAGCCUCUGGGGGCGGAGCCUCUAGAGUCUCUGGGGGCGGAGCCUCUGGGGCCUCUGGGGGCGGAGCCUCUGGGGCCUCUUGGGGCGGAGCCUCUGGAGCCUCUGGGGGCGGAGCCUCUAGAGUCUCUGGGGGCGGAGCCUCUGGGGCCUCUGGGGGCGGAGCCUCUGGGGCCUCUUGGGGCGGAGCCUCUGGAGCCUCUGGGGGCGGAGCCUCUAGAGUCUCUGGGGGCGGAGCCUCUGGGGCCUCUGGGGGCGGAGCCUCUGGAGCCUCUGGGGGUGGAGCCUCUAGAGUCUCUGGGGGCGGAGCCUCUGGGGGCGGAGCCUCUGGGGGCGAAGCUUCUAGAGUCUCUGGGGGCGGAGCCUCUAAGGGGGCGGAGCCUCCAAGGGGGCGGAGCCUCUAAGGGGGCGCCUCUGGGGGCGGAGCCUCUGGGACCUUUGCGGGCGGAGCUUCUGGGGGCGGAGCCUCUGGGGGUGGAGUCUCUAGAGUCUCUGGGGGCGGAGCUUCUGGGGGCGGAGCUUCUGGGGGCGGAGCUUCUGGGGGUGGAGUCUCUGGGGGCGGAGCCUCUGGGGGCGGAGCCUCUGGGGCGGAGCCUCUGUCACCUCUGGGGGAGGUCCGCCAGCAGCUCCGACCUCCCGCCGGACCCGGACCCCAGGGAGGCGCCGGAGGACCGGAGGAGGUCCAGCCUCAGUGAGCUGGGCAGCAGGCUCAGCGCCCUCAUUCUGCCCCUAAAGACCCCCAGCCCCUCCCCCAGCCCCACGCCUGCAGAGCCGGGGGCCCCCCCCCCCAGCCUGGCCCCGGCGCCCAGAGGCAGCCGCGGGCUCUGGCUGUGGCUCGCCCUGCUGCUGGUGCUGGCAGGUAGGCCUCCGUUUGGCUCCGAUUAA